GAUCGAAAAGCAAAGAUAAUUUCUAUUUCCCACAAAAGAGAACAAUAUCAAAUACCCAGCUCCAUCCCCAAAUAAUGGUAUUUGCUGUUAAUAUUUGCUUAACCACUCUUUAAUUCCUGUUUGACAGACUUCAUAAGGUGCUACAAGGCAGAUGAUUUUUCACCAUCUACCAUAAUGUGGAACAGACAUUUUGUCUUUCAUCUCCUGCUUUUGCCAGCUUUUAUGAGUCCAACAAUAUAUGGACAGAGAAAGAAAGGAUCAAAGGCAAAUUUACUUACGAGGAAAAAAGACCUCCAGGACUCCACUUGCUUCAUAGAUAUUGUCUUCAUUGUGGACAGCUCUGAAAGUGCUAAAAUUGAUCUUUUUGAUAAACAGAAAGAUUUUGUGAACAAUUUGAGUGACAAGAUUUUCCAAUUGACCCCGGCUCGCUCCUUGAAAUAUGACAUCAAACUGGCAGCCCUUCAGUUUAGCAGUUCAGUCCAAAUUGAUCCACCAUUUUCUUCUUGGAAGGAUCUGCAGACUUUUAAACAGAAGGUCAAGUCUAUGAAUUUCAUUGGGCAAGGUACCUUCUCUUAUUAUGCCAUCUCGAAUGCCACUAGGUUACUUAAAAGAGAAGGGCGUAAAGAUGGUUUGAAAGUGGCUUUGCUGAUGACUGAUGGCAAAGACCAUCCAAAGAAUCCAGAUGUUGAAAAUAUUUCUGAAGAUGCCAGAAAGGCAGGAAUAUUACUUAUCACCAUUGGGCUUUCCACUGUAGUCAAUGAAGCCAAACUUCGUUUGAUAUCUGGAGAUGCAUCCGAUGAACCCAUUCUACUCUUGAGUGAUACAAACCUUGUAGAUAAAAUUCAGGAUCGCCUGGAUAUCUUAUUUGAAAAGAAGUGUGAACAAAAGAUUUGUGAAUGUGAGAAGGGGGAUCCAGGAGAUCCAGGACUUCCUGGUACACAUGGAAACCCAGGUAUUAAAGGUGAGCGAGGACCAAAAGGAAACCCGGGUGAUGCUCAAAAGGGGGAGCCUGGAGAAAAAGGCCCAGGGGGAAGUCCUGGGUACAAGGGUGAGAAGGGUGAACGUGGAGAAUGUGGUAAACCAGGAAUAAAAGGUGACAAAGGAUCCUUAGGGCCAUAUGGACCAAAGGGACCCAGAGGACUUCAGGGCAUUAGUGGACCUCCAGGGGAUCCAGGGCCGAAGGGAUUUCAAGGCAAUAAGGGUGAGCCAGGUCCUCCUGGUCCUUAUGGUCCUCCUGGAGCCCCUGGAAUUGGACAGCAAGGUAUUAAGGGAGAAAGGGGCCAGGAAGGAAGAACAGGAGCUCCAGGUCCAACUGGAGUUGGUGAGCCUGGUCAACCAGGUCCUCGUGGUCUUGAAGGAGCACCAGGAGAGAGGGGCAUACCCGGAGAAGGAUUUCCAGGGCCAAAGGGUGAAAAAGGUUCUGAAGGACCAAUUGGCCCACAAGGAUUACAAGGCCUAUCAAUUAAAGGGGACAAGGGGGAUUUGGGACCUGUGGGGCCUCAAGGACCAAUGGGAACCCCUGGAAUUGGGAGUCAAGGGGAACAGGGAAUCCAAGGACCUGUUGGUCCACCUGGUCCUCAAGGACCCCCAGGACAAGGCUCACCUGGUCCCAAGGGAGAAGUAGGCCAGACAGGACCUACAGGUCCGAGGGGACCAGUGGGAGUUGGAGUACAAGGUCCAAAGGGGGCGCCAGGCUCAACGGGGUUUCCAGGACAGCCAGGAGUACCAGGGGAAGAUGGAGCCCCAGGAAAGAAGGGAGAAGCAGGGCUUCCGGGACCAAGAGGCCCAGAAGGACCACCUGGGAAGGGAAACCCAGGUUCCAAGGGUGAUGAAGGAAAAAAAGGGAGCAAAGGAAAUCAAGGACAGACGGGAUUUCCAGGGCCUGAAGGGCCAAAGGGUGAGCCAGGGAUUAUGGGCCCUUUUGGAUUGCCUGGAGCAUCAAUUCCUGGACCACCUGGGCCAAAGGGAGAGAGAGGAGGACUCGGGAUGCCUGGAUUUAAGGGAGAACCUGGACUUUCUAUUCGAGGACCAAAGGGUGCUCAAGGUCCACAGGGACCAGUGGGUCCGCCAGGACUCAAAGGUGAUGGUUAUCCUGGUGUGGCUGGACUUCGAGGCUUACCAGGACCCCCUGGGCCAAUGGGUUUACGUGGAGUUGGGGACACUGGAGCAAAGGGAGAGCCUGGUGUGAGAGGCCCUCCAGGUCCCUCUGGGCCUCGGGGCAUAGGAACCCAGGGACCAAAGGGUGAUAUGGGGCAGAAAGGACUGCCUGGUCCCCCAGGCCCCCCUGGAGAUGGAUUGCAAGGAAUUAAAGGGGAACAAGGACCUCAAGGCUUUCCAGGGAUAAAGGGUGUGAUGGGCCGCGGUCUCCCAGGACAGAAGGGAGAGCAUGGAGAACGAGGUGGUGUAGGGAAGAAAGGUGAUAAAGGGGACAUCGGAGAGCCUGGAUCUCCUGGAGAACAGGGAUUACAAGGACCAAAAGGAGACCUGGGACUUACAAGAGAAGAAAUUAUCAAACUUAUUUUUGAAUUAUGUGGUUGUGGGCCCAAAUGCAAAGAGGCUCCGCUAGAGCUGGUGUUUGUGAUUGACAGUUCAGAAAGCGUGGGGCCAGAGAACUUUCAGAUCAUCAAAAAUUCUGUGAAGACUCUGACUGAUCAGGUCACUCUGGAUCUUGCCACAGCCCGCAUAGGCAUAAUCAACUAUAGUCAUAAGGUGGAAAAAGUAGCUCAUUUGACACAGUUUUCCAGCAAAGAUGACUUCAAGCUGGCUGUGGACAACAUGCAGUACCUGGGGGAAGGCACCUACACUGCCACAGCUCUCCGUGAAGCCAACCACAUGUUCGAGGCUGCAAGGCCAGGUGUGAAGAAGGUGGCCCUGGUCAUCACUGACGGGCAGACGGAUACCCGCGAUGAAAACAACCUGACCCGUGUGGUACAGAAUGCCAGUGAUAACAAUGUGGAAAUAUUUGUGAUUGGGGUGGUGAAGAAAAGUGACCCUAAUUUUGAAAUGUUACAAAAAGAAAUGAAUCUAAUUGCUACUGACCCAGAUAGUGAGCACGUUUAUCAAUUUGAUGACUUCGUUACCCUGCAAGACACACUGAAUCAAAAAUUGUUUAAAAAAACUUGUGAGGAUUUUGAUUCCUACCUCAUUCAAGUUUUGGGUUCACCGACACUUCAACCUGGAUUUGGGAUGUCAGGAGAAGAACUCAGGGCAUCCACUUCAGCGCCUCAGGAAGAAAAUUCUGAAUCUAUCAUUGUCCCCAGAGUCCAAGAUGAAAAGAACAAGUCUCCAAUGCCUACUGGGGCUGAAAGCCUGGUUGCCUCUCCUUUAUCCGAAGCUAUGACCAACCAGAUGCCAUUGCUCAGCACUCCUGAGCAUGGGACAGAGAACCUGGAAAUGAGAACUCCAAGUCCCAUUUUUAUUUUACAGCAAGAAAAGUUGAUGCACAAAGACCCUAGAUGUUUGGAAGUCCUGAAGCCUGGAAACUGUGAUAACUAUGUGGUUCGAUGGUAUUAUGACAGACAGGUCAACUCUUGUGCCCGUUUUUGGUUCAGUGGCUGUAAUGGCUCAGGAAACAGAUUCUACAGUGAAAAGGAAUGUCAAGAAAUCUGCGUUCAAGGAUGAGUCAGUGACCCUCAUUUAAUUUCGGCAGUGCCUAAAAGAACUAAAGGAAGGAGGCGAUGGAAGCACAGCCAACUUAGCAGAAACAAUUUCAUGUAGCUUAAUUACAUGCUUAUGUAAUACUUGAUUCUACAAAAGAAUAUAUGCAAGAUACUGGUAAAUUUAAAAAUUCGAUACUAAGAUGAACACCAGUGAACAGAUCACAGAGAAUGAACCAAGUAUAACCAAUUCUAUUGAAGCUUCCUGUUCCUCCCCAUCUUGAACUUUGUGUUUACCAUUUCAGUUUGCUAUUGGUUUUGUUACGUAAUUUUACAAAUGAAAUCCUAUGUCUCCGUGUAUCUCUGAACAAUACAUAGUCUUGCUUAUUGUAGAGCUUUAUAAAAAUCUCAUACUCUAGUCUUCUACAG